AUGUCUAAUUUGUGUCCAGAGUCCGUUGAAAAAUCAUUGGCUUAUUCCCUACAGCGAAAAACGGAAGACCACAGAAAUGGGCCUGAGGACUCUGAACAUGUCGAAUGCAAUGAAGCUGCCAAUGUUAAUGGUCAUGGUGAAACCCACACAGGUAGGCCUAAGAUUGGGAGAGGUCGAAGGGGGAGGAAAAGAAAAAUUGUGGAGAGUUCUGUGGCCAAUGGGGAUGAUGCUGCACAGAAAAAGGAGGUUAAUAAGAUGUCUUUGGAUGGUAAGGAUGAGUUUAUUGGUCGGAUAUUGAGGUCAAGGACAAUGGCGAUGAGUGGUGGUGACAAGGUGGUUGAUGAUUCACUGACGGGAGGUGUUGUAGGUGAUAAAAGGAAGAAGGAAAGUGAUGAUUCAAACCAAAAAAUCAUUGAAAUUGACAAAAAUAAAAGUGCUCCGUUAAUUGGCAGGCGAAAGAAAAAGAUAAAAGGGCGUCGAGGGAGACCCCCCAAGGUGCAGGGGGGAUGUGACGAUUCAAACAAAAGAAUCAUUGAAAUUGAAACAGACAAAAGUGCCCCAUUAAUUGGCAGGAGAAAGAAAAAAGUAAAAGGGCGUCGAGGGAGGCCCCCCAAGGUGCAGGGGGAAGGUGGGCUGUUUAAGGUGAUUGGUUGUGACAACCAGAAGGAAACAGGGUCCAGGAAAAACAGUGAUCAACCAAAGGCCAAAGAAGUCAUUAGGGGUUCCAAGUUUGUAGACAGCAGAAAGCACAGCAGACUUGCCAGUCGGUUGUGUCAUUCUGGUGAGAAAAUCAUUGUAAAAAAUUUGAGAAGGAAUAAGCACAAGGAAGGGGGAGAACUGGGGACGGGAAGAGCAACAGAAAAGAAGUUACUGAGAGAGCGAAUAAUGGCUAUGCUUAAGAGUGCUGGCUGGACAAUUGAAUACAGGCCCAGGUUGAGCAAGGAGUACAAUGAUGCUGUGUAUGUCAGUCCAGAAGGACAUGGUUAUUGGUCAGUCACAAAGGCUUACAGAAUUCUUGAACAAGAAGUUGAAAAUGGUGAUGCUGAUAUCAGGGCUGUUUCUUCAUUUUCUCCAAUACCAGAGGAGGAAUUCAGCAAACUAUUCAGGGUAACGAAGAAAAGGAAAUGGAUGUUAGAAAAGAAAUUGAAGGGUGAAAAUAAGAAAAAUGAAGGAAUCACUCAAAAGAAGUUGAAGAAGAAGCAUGCUACAGACAAAAUAGGUGUCUCAAGGUACAAGCAUAAAGAAACACUGGGUGCCAAGUCAUGGAACAGAAGGAUAAAACGGAAAUCAUCAGAUUGUGAACAAGGUGAUUCAGCUAAUAAAUUGCCGAGGGGAGUGCGGAUACCAAAUCGGGGGGAGAGGAAAAAUAGAAAGAGAUGUGCUUUGUUGGUUCGUGACUCAAAGAAGGGGUUGAAUCCUGAUAGCAAAGGCUUUGUACUGUAUGGUGGGAAACGCAGCCUUCUUUCCUGGAUGAUUGAUUUGGGAACUGUUCCGCUCAGUGGGAAGGUUCAAUAUAUGAACCAUAGUAGUGGAGAAUUGAUUGAUGGCAGGAUAACUAGAGAUGGCAUUCAAUGUGGCUGCUGCAAUGAAACCCUCAAUGUUUCAGAUUUUGAGUAUCAUGCUGGAAGUAAACUCAGUCAGCCAUUUCAAAAUAUAUAUUUAGAGUCUGGAAGUUCCCUUUUGCAGUGCCUACUAGACUCAUGGAGUAAACAUGAGGGGUCUGAACCUAUUAAAUUCCAUUCGGUUGAUGUUGAUGGUGAUGAUCCAAAUGAUGAUACUUGCAACAUGUGCGGAGAUGGUGGGGACUUGAUCUGUUGUGAUAGUUGUCCAUCAACUUUCCAUCAAAGUUGCUUAAAUAUCCAAGUAUGA